CCCCGUCUUCUGUCAAGCACGCAUCUCCGAUUCUACUGGAAAAAAACUGAUAAGCCUCGAUACUCGGCAGAUAAGCAGAUUGAAUCCGACCACUUCUUAUCAGCAAGAGGUUUUUCAAAUCAAUGGCGAGAGUCUGUGAGCUACCAGUCAGCGAUAAAGCUAAAGGUUAGACCAGUCCGCGCACUGCAUCCGCACGAUUAAGGUAAUAUUUACCAGCAGCUAAGCGAGAACGGUCUCGGGAGACGGAAAGUCGCAAAGGGCUUGCGUCAAUUUAUUUUUAUUGCCGGCGAUAAAACUUCCACAGGAUUGGAGGUGAUAUAUUGAAAAUCGAAGGCAUCAGCGUUGAGCGUGCGACGAGUGUGCAAAAGUGCCUUUUUUCGAACAAGAGAGUGCAAUCAAUGGACGCGUGAUUUUGGUGUUCUCCAGUUCAUCGUUGGGGGGAAAGUAAACAAAAAUCUGUCGGCCGCAGAAUGGAUGACGAGUUUGCUUUGUGCUGGAAUAAUUUCCAGGAUAAUAUCGCGGCUGGAUUCCAAAAUCUGUAUGAUCGCGGUGAUUUGGUGGACGUGACUCUGGCAUGUGAUGGAAAACUACUGCAGGCGCAUAAGAUAGUCUUGGCUAUCUGCAGUCCUUACUUCCAGGAAAUGUUCAUCACGAAUCCGUGCAAGCAUCCAAUUAUUGUACUCAAGGAUGUUGGCUACAGUGUUAUGUCUGAACUUCUUCAAUUCAUGUACCAAGGCGUUGUUAAUGUUAAACACACUGAAUUAUCUUCGUUCAUGAAAAUUGCACAAACUCUCCAAAUUAAAGGUCUGGCGACAUCAACAUCUCAGAAAUCUCCUAGUCAUACACCAAACAAUAAUGCAAGUAAAAGUGGCAGUGGAAGUAACAGUGGGAAUAACAGUGGCAGCAGUCAUCACAGUUCAGCUUCAGGAAGUGGCAAUGAAAACCAACAAAGUGGUGGAAAUGUAAUCGAAACAAAAAUAAACUCAUCAAUAUAUUCGAUGAACAAAGUGUUAUCGGAAAACCAGUCAACGUCAAUGGGUGCCGGAGCAAAUGCAUCAUCAGCUUCAUCAUCAUCUUCAGCAAAUGCAUCCAAAAGGAUAAACGAAUAUGGCAGCUCGGAUCCAAUUUCUUUGUACGGGAAACGUCCAUAUAAGCGUAAUUCUGAGUAUGGUGAUAAUGAUACGAUGAACAGCAGCGAUUCAAUGGACCACAUGAGCUCGGAUGAAGUUUUUAUGCCUCCAAUACCACAAAUCUCCAUGAUCGAACCCAAGUUCGAUUUAAAUAAUGUGAAACGAGAGCUGAGUGGGGAAAUGCCCUCAAGCCCUGGUUCGAGCAGAAAUUGUAUACCACCUCCAUUCAACUUUGAUUAUAAUUUGUAUCAGAAAUCUUCAGUCGAAUAUCCAAAUGAGCUCCAUAUGAGUAAUGACUAUCCAAAGGGCGCUGGAAACCACAUGGAUAUACCUCCAGCUGGUAGCGCUAUAACAAUGCUAUCGUCGACAUCUCUACUGCAUGGAAACUGUAUCUUCAACAGAAACAAUACAGUGGCGACACAGCAAGGAAUGAAAACGUAUUGGCUUUGCAAGUCAUAUCGAAUAUCAAUGUGCCGAGCGAGGUGUAUAACACAUCAGGGACGUGUAAUAUCUGCAACUGGUAUUCAUAACCAUCCGCCUCACAUUAAAGGACCUCAUACUAAUGAUUUGGCAAAUCAAAUGGUAACGCCCCCGGGACUUGGAUUGAAUAACAAUAAUUGCUCAAGUAUCGGUGGUAAUGCAAUGAGAAUGGCCUCACAAAAUGCCCAGCACCCACAUCACAUUCACUUACCACACCAGCAAAUGUCGAAUGUAUCAAAUCACCAACUACACCAUCAUUCAAACAGUAUACAACAAGCCAACAACGCGGCUGUGAUCCAAAAUAUGAUGCAGAACGUCUUUUCACAAAACAAUUUGAUGCAUCUCUCUAACAUUACACCAAUGCUGAACUCUAUACCAUCGCAGAGCUCGUCACAAUUGAAUAACUUUCAAGCACCAUCUAGUUUACAAAUAACACCAAUCAUGAGCAAUAGUCCAACAAGUCGCAGCCAAAGUGAAAACUUAAACUCACCAGCAAUCCAAUCAUCACCGCUGGACUCACCGCCGCCUCCGUCCAACAAUGACGAUCAAAAUAGUAACCAUAACCAUGGUUUAAAUCUAGGAAGUGUAAGCAAUACGAAUGUUUCAACAUCAUCAGUAGUUUCAGUCGCAUCUUCGCCGGCCGAGGAAUGCCCUAGUGUGUCACAGGAUUCAAAUAAUUCCCCACAGUCAAAUAUGAUAUCAACUAUAACACUAUCUCCGACUGAGCCUUCAUUCAAAAUGGAAGCAAUGCCUAAUCAAAAGAAAAAGCAAAAAGGAAAAUGUCUAACCAGUUAAGAUACUUUCAACUACACAUGUGCAAUCCUGAAUUUUUUUAAGAUGUUUUUUUUCUCCAUCGAAGACUACUAAAAAAUUUAUACGUCCAAGAUAAUUCAUUUUGUAUUUUCAAAAUGUAUCUCUUAAGUUGUUUUAUUUUUAUUUAUUUAAUAAUUUAGCUAGAAUGUGAUAGUUACUUUAAAUCGAACAAAGGUUGAAGUAAACAUGAAAUUACGGGAUAUAAGUACACUAAAGUCAUAUAAAAUUAUUUUAAAUUUCACAAAAAAAUAGUUUCAGUGAAUACCCUGAUUUCAUUCAAAAUAUUACUUUAGAUAAAAUUUCAACAUAGACGAUGUUUGGAUUAGGUAAAUAUUGUAAAAAGUCUUGUGGGUACUUAAAUUAUUUUUCGUUUCAUCUCAUGUAGAACAUGUUUUUUAUGAUGGUGAUUAUUUGUAUGUACACUUACCGGUAUAUGAAAAAUAGGUGUGUUUUUAUAUUUGUACAGAAUUUUACGCUAAAUUCAAUGACAUGCCGUAGCGUGGAAAGAAUGGUAAUUGUAAUUCAUAAAAGAGAAAUAUUAAAUAAACACGUUAGUUUUAUAUGUAUGUGAAAGAAAAAUUUAUUUGAUUUGAGUUAUAUAUACGCUGGGCAAAGCGCGUGGAAUGAUCUUUUAAUGUGACAGGGAAAUAUAUUUCUAUAUAUUUCGCUCUAUAUGAAAACAUCUUGGUAAUUUAUCGGAAGUUUCUUUUGAACUAGGUCAUAUUUCCUUUUUCUUCUUCAUGCUAUCAGCUAUGGUCGUUGAAGCAUUAUGUUUAACAUUACUUUCCAACCAUCCUACCACUGCUAACGUAAAUUGUCAGAAACUGACUUAUUUUCAAUUCAAUUUUGCGAAACCAUUUCGUCUAUAUAUAAUAAAAACAUGUCUCAUGCAUUUCAUCAAAAGCGAUUAGAGUUCUAGAAAGCUCUAAUAACUUUAUGAAAAGGGAGAUUCGCAUUGCGAACAUUACUGUCUCCAUUUAUAGUGCAUGAUAUCGGAAAUAUUAAUAGGAGAGUACUCAUUGUCUGAAGGAAAUCCGGUUGAUCGAAAUGGUUCAUAUUCUCAACACUCCUAGCAAUAAAUUCUGGAUUUUUUAUGGAUGUUCUCCUUUAAGACAUUCAGACUCGGGGGUUUGAUCACAUAAACCUGUGAUUUCAUAAAACCCCACAGAAAAAAAUCUGGGUUGGUUAAAUCUCUGGAUCAUACUGGUCAGUAAAUAUUGUUAAAACGCGAUUGCAAAUAGCAUGGCAACACCGGCUUUAUUUGAAAAGUCCUGCAAACAUGACCAUAAAACAUCCACAAAAAAUCCAUUUUAAUUCUUCGAUCCAUCAGUACUAAUUUUUCGACUUUUCAAACCUUUUUUUCGACGACUACCGUCACUGGCCACCUCCAAGUCUCUCACCCUUAUUUGAAUAGCCCAUUUUCUACCACUGUAUAUUAAACUGCGGAAUCUUCUUCUUGAUAUUUCUUCAAAAAUCCAUUUCGAUCUAUUAUCUUUUUUAACGAGAAAGUUAAUCACAG